GCUGGACGCCGCGCCGCGCAAAGGCCGCGAGGGCGGGCUGGCGGACGGACGGACUGGCGAGCUGGAAUGCAUUGACGUCAGAAGGAAGCCGCUGGGCACUGCGCGUGCACGCCCCGUUCUCAUUGAUUCAGCCGCUGCAGAGCGGGCACGCGGCUCUUCAGCUGGAGAGUCACAUCAAGAAGAAGAAGAAGAAGAAGUGAAAAGAGUGACUCCGCCGCGACCGACAUGGAGCGCAGCGAGGGAGCGGAACGAGGAGGCGACGCCGUCCCCCUGCGCGUCUGAAUUCAGCGGUGACAGCGAGGCUUUGGGAGGCUGCGGAGACAAGGGGCUGCUUGCAGUUAUCACGGGACAUUUGCGCAACGAUGGCAACCCCCCAGCAUUGAGGGACUUUCUACAUCACAGAACUCUUGACCCAGCCAACUUCCCUCCAACCUUUUUGCGUCAACCAUGGACUCCUCAAGGGAUUUGACCUCAGCCCUGGACGGGCCUGCGGACCCCCGAGGCUUCCCGGGUCGCUCCGAUCUCAGCGGCCUCUACCAUCUGGGCCGGACGCUGGGAAGGGGCCACUUUGCUGUUGUGAAACUGGGCCGUCAUGUCAACACAGGGCAACUGGUGGCUGUGAAGAUGAUUGAUAAGACUAAACUGGAUGUCAUGGCAACAAGCCACCUCUUACAAGAAGUCAGGUGCAUGAGGCUGGUGCAGCAUCCCAACGUGGUUCGGCUCUACGAAGUCAUCGACACUCCCACCACGCUCUACCUGGUCAUGGAGCUGGCCGAAGGCGGUGACCUCUACGAUUACAUCCUGCGCCACGAAGGAGGCGUGGUGGAGGGCACCGCCAAGCGUCACUUUGCCCAGAUUGUGCGAGCGGUGUCCUACUGCCACCAGCUGCACGUGGUGCACCGGGACUUGAAGCCGGAAAACGUGGUGUUUUUCCCCCAGCAGGGCGCUGUGAAGCUGACAGACUUUGGCUUCAGCAAUUUAUUCCAGCCUGGGAUGAUGCUGGCCACCAGCUGUGGGUCGCUGGCUUAUUCUGCUCCAGAGAUCCUGCUGGGAGAGGAAUACGAUGCUCCAGCUGUGGAUGUGUGUGUUCCAGAUAUCUGGUCUCUUGGGGUGAUCCUGUACAUGCUGGUCUGUGGAGUCCCUCCCUUCCAGGAAACCAACGACAGCGAGACUCUGGUCAUGAUUCUGGACUGUCGCUACUCAGUCCCCGAACACGUUUCAGACGGCUGCAGAGAUUUGAUCUCCAGGAUGCUGCAGAAGGAUCCGUGUCGCCGUGCGUCUCUCGAUCAGAUCGAGGCUCACCAGUGGCUGCAGGGCCUGGAUGAUGCCCUUCUCAGCCCUGAGGCGCCACCACACUGGGUAGCAGGGGCCCUCUCUGCCUCAUCUUCCUCACUGUGUGCUCCAGAGAGUGGGGAUCUGCUGGCUAUGAGGACCUCCACUCAGCAGACGUUUCCUGGCACAUGGCAGCCCAGCCUCGGCUUCAGCCUCCGACCCGCUCCAGCUGAAGAGCCUCCUGUGGGCAAGAACGUUCCUGCACUGCAGCAGAUCUGUGAAGAGGAAGAAGAGGAAGAAGAAGAGCGGGAGGGAUUAAGAGAACUGGAAGAGGAGGCUGAGGAUACGCUGGAGUGCAUGGAAGAAGGGGAAGAGUUAGGAAGUACAGGAGAGGAUAAAGUAGAGGAGAUGCAGAGAGAAAAUGAAGACAGCGGCUGUGUGAUUUCAGAUCAGCCUGUCAGUCACCGGGAUGAGACGCUCAGUCAGACAUCUGAAGUCACUCUGACAUCCGAAGUCACUCCAUCCUCACCAGCUUUCAGGGUGUCUUGUUGUCAGCUGAACAUCUCGAACAGAAAGGAGGGGCAGGAUGAAGAGAUGGAACCAAACAACAACACGGGCAAACCGCCCCCACUCCUCCCAACUCCUGAACCCUGUCAGUCCUGCAUCUCUGCGUCCUCCACCUGCCUGAGGGAGAAAACAGAAAGGGAGGAAGAACUGAACGAAAAGAACGAGUCCACGGCAAAAUCUCCAGCCCAAAAUCCACAUGGAAGCCGGGACGAGUCGGUACCGAGGGCGGAGCAGGGGAAACGACACAGCAUCAGGCUCCGAGACAGACUCUUCCAGUUCCCUUUGUGCGAGAAAGCCCUGGCCUUCAACAUACCUUCACAGAACAAGCCCAAGAUCCUGCCACUGGCUCAGUACAACUGCUGCCACGUGCUGUAGCAAAUGUUGGCUUCAGAAUCGCUCUCUCUGGGGACGCGCGGGCUGCUUAGCAGUCAACAGGUGGUUGAAGCCCGAACACAGACCUUGUGAAGUGGCACGCAGCUGAACUCUUCAGAGACGAUGAGCAAAACAGCUCUCAGCAAGCAAACACGCCUGUACAGCUUCACAAACACCCACUUCCAACAGUGUGCUCAUGUAAUAAACAUUACUUUAGUAAGAGUCAACAGUGAGAUGUACCAAGGACUUAAUUUCCAUUUGCUGCUGUGUAAAGGAGCGACUGCAGAAUAAAAAAAAUAUAUAUACUGUUUGUUCAUUUGUAGCUUCAAGACAAAACUGCUCCAACCUCUAUGGACUUGUAGAAGUUAGUGAGAGAAAUAUGAGGGCAAGAUUUAUUUUAAUACAUAAGCUAGAGACCAUUUUGUUUGCUCGAAGGUGCCUAUGAAGAUUAAGUGGAUUUGUACUGUAGUCAGUCCAGUCCAUAGCAGAUCCACUGUGCUGCAUGUUAUCACCAAGAUACGUCAUCAGUCACCUGCCAACUAUAUUCUCAAAUAUAUUUUAGAUGGUACACCAGAAAAUGUGAAAAACUGAAGAUGUUUUCAUUUUACUGCAGAAAAAAACUAUCUGAUGCUUCUUCUUUCUGUAUUUGGGUGUAAAAUCAGUGCAGGCCAAAUCACGACCCCUUCACCACCAUGCUUGAUAACUGGAAUGAGGCGUUUGUGCUGCACUUUUGUUUUGGUGUUCAAUACGCACAGUGACAAAUAUCUUACUGCAGAUAUUACUGUAGAUGUUUUGCGAUUAACGCCGAUGCAACUUUGCAAACCGUUGUCAUGCUGCGAGAUUAAUUUUAAAGAGGAGAAGCCCGAAUUUUUCCAAACAAGACAAACUUGUUCAUGCUUUUUUUUAAUGUUCUCCUGUCAUAAUAUUUCAUAUAUGGCAUGGUAGCUUAGGUGUGCACAGGAUUGCAAGGGCUAAUCCUGAAUUUACUGAGAAGAUAGGCAACUGUCUUAAAUGUUUUCCAUACAAAAAAUAUUUCUCACUGGAGAAUAAUAGACCUUACAAUCAUCCCCCCAUUAAUGGGUAGAAACAAUGAAUUUACAACUGUCAUAGCUUAAGUCUUGUCAUGUUGGCGUGGUGUCGGCAGAGCAGAAAAUUACCAAAGCUUCUGCUUGUAUAGAAAUAUUACUGCUAUGUCUUUCUGGGUUGAAAAAAGACCCCAGAUAGCAAGUCCAACUAUCCAAACAAAUAUAAAAUUCAUUCUUCCCAUCUCAUCAACGAGGAUUUAUUGAAAGCCUUCUAAAACUCGGUCACCCAUUAUCUCUUCAAUAUUACUGAAAAAUUUAUUUCAGUAACUCUCAGAUGUUUUCAAUUCUUUUUCUGUUAUGAUUUUCCAUUUUUUAUGUGAAAACACAUUUCAAAUGAUAAUACGACAUCAGACUAUGGAGACCAAUAAAAAAAAAAACAUUUUACAGAAAUGUGGGCUUCAUAAAAAGUCUAUUACCUACUGAAAGAUUCUCAAAAGGUAAUGUUAAUCUGACAAGCGAGCCUCAUUAGAAUGCAUGUUCUAAUUUAUUGAAAAUCAGGCAGAGGGAGCAUGAAAUGUAUGGCAUUUAAAUAAUCAGCUAACACUUAUUGCCUCAAGCAGGAAGUUCUUUGCAAUAUGCAUCGUGCAAGCAGCAACAUUACAAAAAUGAUAGAUGUGUCAUUCAUUGUGCAGCCCUAAAGUGUACUUAUUUUUUCACACACCGCUUCACUGAUUUGGCCUUGUCCUUGUGUAAUAAACAUUGAGACAGUUUUAAUCUGUGUCUCAAUGGGAGGCUUUUUUUAUACGUGAGGGUCGAUUUAAAACAAUUUAGAAAUCACGUCUGACAUGAACCGCAUCCUUUGUUAUGGGAAGCUGUAGAUGUUAAAAAGGGGUGUGCUUUCUUGAGCCAGGGCUGCUUUGUCCCUCAAGUUUUGGGUUCUGCAUAGAACAAUAUAUUUGAUAGAACCUUUGUUUUAAUCUCCAGUGGAGAUCCUUAGACUUGGAUUGGAGAUAUGUAUUUUACAUCCAAAUACAUGGGGGGAAAAAACAUGUUAAAAGGCAGGAUUUUUCUUCAAGAUUGAUUGGAUUAACUAGAAUGAAUUAUUUGGUAUGUGUGUGUGGUUUAAAAUCAAUCAUUAAGGAAAACCAACUGCGGGUUUGACUUCAAGAUGGUGUGAUUUAUCCACAGUUUCACUUUUCUCCUGCACAUGUUGUCAUUCCGGUUUCAAAGCUCUUAACAUAAGCUCAUAUGAUAAAGACUGUUAUGAUAUGAUGUGACACUGUAUAUUAGAGACUCGGGGAGACCUGCUGCUCUCUUAUGUUCACAGUCUUAUUAACUUAAUACCUUGUUCUGUAUUAAUAACAAGGAUGCAGGUCUCCUGUGCUUUGUGUUUUGAAAAUAUUUCCAGAACUUUUCUUUUCUUAAGGGUAUGAUUUUAUAACAAGACAAAGAUAUUAAUUAUCUGAACAGAUGUGUGGGACUUUGCAUGUUGCUGCAGAUAUUUAUCACAAUGUACCUCCAGGUGUCUUGGGUCUGACAGAACAGCCAUUGUUUUUGCUUAACUGUUAAUAAUAACCCACUGAAUGAUGAAUUGCACACAGUAUGAACACUGUAGCCGGUAGCUUUCUGCACGCAGUAUCUGGGGACUCGUGUAGAUUCGGGCCAUCACACAAUGACUUUUUACUGUGUAGCUGAAGAGUCCCUUUGUGUACUAUUAUUUUACCACAUAACUGCCCUGUUUGUGCUAUAUUUUUCCACUGUUGUGAAGAGAAGCAGAAUCUGCUCAACGAACAGUAUCCAGUGACUGUCACUGACAUGUGAUUGUUCGCUCCCAGCCUAAAAAAUAGAAAAAAAAAAGAGCGCACGUCACGUGAAAAUCCUAUUAGGACUAAUAUCUCAUCAGCCACGAAAGCUUCAAACCCGUGCAAACGAGGGAUAAAAUUAUUUGUUCCUGCGUCCUGUCUCCCUUAAUGUCUGCUGACCUGUAUUUUAACCUGGAUUGUGAACCUAUUUUUCCUCUAUUUAUUUAUUAAAAUGGAUUAAAGCAACUGAA